AUACCUCCUUCUCCAUCCUUUAUAAAGCAGCGUGAGGUGAAGUCUUGGCCACACCGUCACCAUGCUGCAGCUCCUGCUCCUCGCUGCCCUCGCGCUGUGUGGAUGCCAUGCAGAGCCGGGCUCUGAUGGGAUGCAACGUGUGGUUGGGGGGACCGAGGCGCAGUCACAUGCUUGGCCCUCACAGAUCUCCCUCCAGUAUUACUCCGGGGGCAGCUGGCACCACACCUGUGGAGGGUCCCUCAUCCGACAGAACUGGGUGCUGACAGCAGCCCACUGCGUAGACAGUAACCUGAAUUUCCGCGUCGUCGCCGGUGACCACAACAUCUACCAGAGCGAGGGCACCGAGCAGACCUUCAGCGUCAGCAGCAUCCACAUCCACCCCAGCUGGAAUUCCAACAACGUGGCAGCAGGCUACGACAUCGCGCUGCUCCGCCUGUCGGGUUCGGCCACGCUCAACAGCUACGUGCAGCUGGCGGUGCUGCCCAGCCAGGGCACAGUGCUGGCCAACAACUACCCCUGCUACAUCAGCGGCUGGGGGCUGACCCGCACCAACGGGCAGCUGUCGAGCGUGCUGCAGCAGGCGUACCUGCCCGUCGUGAGCUACAGCACCUGCUCCAGCUACUCCUACUGGGGCUCCACUGUCAAGAGCAGCAUGAUCUGUGCCGGCGGGGACGGCGUGCGUGCCGGCUGCCAGGGCGACUCGGGAGGCCCCCUGCACUGCGCAGUCAAUGGGGUGUACCAAGUGCACGGCGUCACCAGCUUCGUCUCCAGCUUGGGCUGCAACGUGCGCAACAAGCCCACCGUCUUCACCCGCGUCUCUGCCUACAUCUCCUGGAUAUCCAGCGUGAUCUCCUAGAACAAAGCAGCAGGAGGAGGAGAACCUCAGCCCCGGCCCUGAAUGUGGACAUUGAGCAUUUCAGCUGGGGACAUUUAUGUCUCAAAGCUGGCAUCAAUAAAUUGUGUUCUUC